AUUUGUGGAUGUGCAUAGGAUGCAAUGAUGUGGAAAGAAUACGGUUCCACUUAUAUGGAAUAUAAAUGUCGGAAGAGGAGAGUAUGGGAAGUUCUUCUUCCUCUCUCCUUUUACAGUGCCUUCAAUUUCAACCAUACACUGAUAUCAACAUAUAUAUAAUAUCAAAGCUAGUUUAAGAAAGAGAAAGAGAAAGAGAAAGAGAAAGAGAGAAAGAGUGAUGAGGACGGUGAUAAUGAAGGAAGGAACUCAUGAAGGUGUGGUGAAGGAUAAUGGUAACUCAGAUGAAGUUUCAAGCUAUAAUAGAUUCUCACAACUGCUUUCUUCCAAAGAUCGUGAUUUUCUGCUCUCUCCAACGGGGACUCAGGUUUUUUCUUUCCCCAUCUUUCUCUACCUAGUUUCGUCCAUCGGGUAAUAGCCGAAAACGAAAACCAAACUAUGCUCCUAAGCUACUACUACUACUUCUUCUUCUUCUUUAGUUCCAAGUGUUAUUUUGGGACGGUGGUCACUGCUGGUGAAAGUUUCUGAUCUUGAAGGAAAAGUAGUGGGCCUAUUUUUCGGUGCCAACUGGUACCCACCAUGCCGUGGAUUCACCCAAAUGCUAGUUGGAAUCUACGAGGAGCUGAAAAGCAGUGUCCCUCAACAAUUUGAGAUUGUGUAUGUGUCCUCUGAUGAGGAUUUGGACGCCUUUAAUGGCUUCUAUGGAACCAUGCCGUGGCUUGCAAUUCCAUUCUCAGAUUUGGAAACAAAGAAAGCCUUGAACAGAAAGUAUGACGUGGAAGGCAUUCCAUGCUUGAUUAUGUUGCAACCCGAUGGAAGCAAAGACGAUGCAACAAUUCGCGAUGGGGUUGAACUUAUAUAUCGCUAUGGAAUCCAAGCUUAUCCUUUUAGUAAGGAGAGGUUGGAGCAGUUGCACGAGCAAGAGAGAGAGAAGCGUGAGAACCAGACUCUCACUAAUUUACUUGCUAACCACCAUAGAGACUAUGUUUUGGGUCAAACCGGACUCAUUCAGGUACCUAUUGCAUCUUUAGUGGGUAAAACUGUUGGACUCUACUUUUCAGCGGAAUGGUGCGUGCCAUGCGCGAAGUUCACUCCGAAACUAAUUUCCAUUUACCACAAGAUCAAGCAGGAGCUAAGUGAAAAGGGUUCAGAGGAAGACUUUGAAAUAGUGCUGGUUUCCCACGACCGUGACAAAGCAUCAUUUGACUCUUACUACGGUACCAUGCCAUGGCUAGCUUUGCCUUUUGGGGACCCAGAGAUCAAGAACCUCGCUAGGCACUUCGAUGUGCAAGGGAUUCCUUGCUUGGUAAUCAUAGGCCCCACUGGUAAAACCAUUACGGGGCACGGGAGGAACUUAAUAAACUUGUACCAAGAAAAUGCAUACCCUUUCACCGGUGAGAAAGUGCUGCAGCUGGAGAAACAACUAACUGAAGAGGCGAAGGGGCUUCCGAGAUUGGUGCGCCAUGAAGGGCAUAGACAUGAGCUGAAUUUGGUGUCUGAUGGGAAUGGAGGUGGGCCAUUCAUAUGCUGUGUGUGUGAUGAACAAGGAUCUAAUUGGGCCUACCAGUGUCUCGAAUGUGGCUAUGAAGUGCAUCCAAGGUGCGUUACUAAUGCUCCAGAACAUGACAAUAAUGUCGUCGUGGGAAGAUGACACCCCUAGCUAGGCCUAGUGGUGCUAUGCAUGCUGAUGAUAAUGCUGAUGAUGAUGGUGAUGAUUAUGAUGAUGAUCAUGGUUGAUUACAUUUAAUUUCCUGUGUCAGUGGCCAAGAAAGAGGGUAUAGUGAACCCUUGAGUUAUAUUUGUCCUAAUCUAUUUCACGGAUUGAGAUUCUAUUUUAGAAUUGAUUAUAUAGGAUUUACAUUUUAUGUGUGGCUUUUCUUCUUGUUGCUAUUAUAUGGAAAAGGAGAGUGACUUUGCUUCUACCAAAGGAAUUGGAGACAAAGAGAUGAUGAGAGUGACAACAGAAAGGAGAUUAAGAAACUACAUGUGCCUUGUGACAUCGAAUAAUGACUAGAAUUGUGGUUAA